AUGGUCCGAAUGCAGCGGCACGCUACGAAUGACUUGAAGAAACCCAACUUGAUAACUCGCAGCUUCAUUGAAAAAAGCACUAUUGUCAAGUGGAUGCUCAAGGUGAUUGGAGCUUUUGGUGUGGCCUUGCUGCUGGCUGAUGGAGUUCUCACUCCCGCUCAGUCUAUCCUGGGUGCAAUUCAAGGAGCAAGCGUUGUCAACCCAGACAUUUCUACAUCGGUGAUUGUUGGCGCUUCGUGUGCCAUCUUGGUACUAGUAUUCAUCAUCCAACCGCUUGGAACCAGCAGAAUUGCGAGUACCUUUGCUCCAAUUAACCUCGUCAAGUACGAUGCCUCGGUUUUCAAAGCCUUCUCUCCGUACUUCGCCGGAGCAUAUUUGGUGCGAAAUAAGAAUGCGGGAUGGAUGUCUCUGGGUGGUAUCCUGCUCGCCUUUACCGGUGUGGAAACCAUGUUCGCGGAUUUGGGAGCUUUCAGCCGCAGAGCCGUCCAGCUCUCAUGGCUCUGCUUUGUCUACCCAUGCUUGCUGAUUUCGUACAUCGGCCAAGGAGCUCACAUAAUUGUCCACCCAAGUGCUUAUGCCAAUCCAUUCUACUUGACCGUUCCACCUGGAAUGUUAUGGCCUAGUCUUAUCGUGGCAGUUCUGGCCUGUAUUGUCGCGAGUCAGGCAGUCAUCACUGGAUCGUAUCAAUUACUGUCCCAAAUCAUGAAACUCUCCUACUUCCCUCAGGUGAAGGUCUAUCACACGUCAAAGAGCUUCCACGGUCAAAUCUACAUCCCAUUAGCAAACUGGCUGCUAAUGAUCGGAACAAUUAUCGUGACUGCAGUCUACAACAAUACCACCCGUAUUGGAGAGGCAUACGGAACAUGCGUUAUCCUAGUCUCCUUCCUGACAACCUGCAUGGUAACCAUCGUCGCACUUAUUGUCUGGAGACUACCAAUCUGGAUUGUUCUCCCUAUAUUCGUGGUAUUCGCUCUAUGGGAUGGAAUGUUCCUAUCAGCCGCUUUAAGCAAGGUUCCCAGCGGAGCAUGGUUCACCCUCAUGAUCGCAAUUGUAUUGACCUGCAUCUUCAUGCUCUGGCGCUACGGUAAAGAAGAGCAAUGGAAGGCCGAGGAAUCCGACAACCUCCCCCUUUCGCAAACAGUCACCCUUCACCAAGAUGAAAUCUGCCUCAAGACCGAAAAAGGAAGUGCGCAAAUCUCACCCAUCCGAGGUUUGGGAAUCUUCUUCGAUAAAUCAGGAAGUUCAAUCAAUGCCCCGACUGUCUUCCUGCACUUCUUACAGAAAUUCAACGCCAUGCCGGAAGUUACUGUUUUUCUUCAUCUACGACCUCUUUCAAUCCCUACUGUUGCACCUGAAGAGCGAUACGCAGUGACGUUAUGUUCCACUCGAGAUGAGAACGGAAAUAAGAAGGUGAUUCCGAAUUGUUACCGCUUGAUCGUGCGACAUGGAUAUACAGAUGAGAUUAUUACGCCGGAUCUGGGGGUACUCGUUCACGAUAUUCUUCGCGCGUUCCUGAAAUUGCAUGACAGGUCUAGCGAGGAGGAUAGAGGGAUUGCUGCUUUGACUCGAGCUUCGGAGUCACAGGUUAUUUACAUUGUUGGUAAGGAACAACUCAAGGUUACUGCCAACAGGAAUUAUUUCCGUCGUGCGGUUCUUUGGGUUUUCUUGCUAUUCAGAGCAUCAAGUCGCAAUAAGGUGCAGAAUUUGAAUGUUGAGACAGAGCGGGUGGUGGAGGUUGGGUUUGUUAAGACUAUGUGA